GACCCUUUUCUGGACCUCUCCCGCAGUUUUUCGAUCUUACUCGCCGGCGGCCUCCUAUAAAUUGAAUCCCCUGUCCUAGCUUCGAUCUCCGACCAGACCCAUCGGCUUCAGAGGGCACGAGCCGACAGAGACGACGAUGGAGAUGAGGGUGGCGAGCGGGGACGAGGAGGGCAAGAAGAAGCAUGAGCGCGUGGCGCUGCCCAAAACGCGUCGCCCCGACACGAUCCACCACUUCGAGAAGAAGCUGGCCGACAAGGGCGUGCUGCGCAUGGAUCGCCACCCGACCGACGGCCUCGGGAUCGGACGCGGCCCGCCUAAGUCCGGCCACGGAGGUAAGUUCACCUGGGAGGGUCCGGAAGACCUGGCGGAGAACGAGCUGGACCCUGUUCCUCCGGCCGUCGACGAGAAGGACCCUAACUACGCAGGGGAAGAAGCAAUCGACGAGGAGGCGGCGGCGCUGGUGGUGGGGGAAGUGGAGGUGGCGAAAACGGCGGAAGCCAAAGAAGGGGUGUCCAGGAUCGAGAUCCAGCCGCCGCUUCAGCCGUGAGAAUGGAAGCUCGAGGGAAGUGCUACUUGUCCACUACUUUUGUACUCGGUUCAUCGAAUAAAAUGCGGAGCUGUAUAACACCGAAUCUGAAAUGACCGUCCGGUCAUAAAAUUAGUAGUCAGAAUUAUUAAAAAUAGAAAUGUAGUCAGAAUUAUUAUUUUUUUUAUUCUAUACCUAAAAAAGCUCAUUUAAUUUUUAA